AUGCGUUUAUACCCAAGAACGUUAAAAGACAAUACCAUCAAUAAUAUUGAAAUAGGAGCAUUUAAUGGUACGAACAACCUGAUUUCACUAGAUCUAUCAGGUAACCGUUUGAUAACACUAGGAAAUAAGAUUUUCGAAAAUCUAAAUCAACUUACAGAACUGAACUUGAAGCAUAACAGAAUUUCAACAGUAGGCGAUUAUGCCUUUAAAGGUUUAAAUUCACUACUAACUCUGGAUUUAAGCCAGCAAUUUAUCAAGACCUUACCAUAUACUGCAUUAAAGCCAAUGACUAAACUAUACAGUACACUGUUAAUGAACAGUAAUAAACUCUCCUCAAUUAAUAAAGCUGACUUUAAAGGGCUACCUAAACUACAAAUACUAAACUUAGAUUUUAAUCAAAUUGUCAAUAUCGGAGAGGCAGGGUUUAAUGCUCUACCUGUACUAAAUCAAUUACGAAUAAGUCACAAUGCUCUUCGCAUGAUUCCUGCAACUUCAUUUUCUAAUUCUCCAAAUAUUCAGUUGCUCGAUUUAAGCUAUAACUACUUUGGAGGAAGCCUUAGCUUAGCUUUACCAUCUCCAAACAAUAUUACAAAGCUAAAUUUAAUGAACAAUGCUUUGAAUGCUAUUCAUUCGAACACAUUUAAUGGCUUAAAUCAAUUGCAAAAUCUCAAAAUUGAAAAUAAUCCACUAGCUUGUGUGCCCGCUCAAGCAUUUUUGAAACUAUCACAAUUAUCGAUUGUUUAUACGACAUUUUAUCAAGUCUGCUGUCAACUCCCAACUACUGUAACUUGCGAUUAUGUUGGCGCCUUUAAUUGUUCUGAACAUCAACUGCCAAAUUCUUGUGCAGGCAAUAAUUCUAAUGCAAUUCUAUCUCGUUGUAAACUAUUGAGUGGCUAUUUAUACUUUGUAGAUAAAGCCUAA